AGCCUUUUUCAUGGACGAUGAUGCCGGCUGUUUAUGGUAGUUACUACCAGUCAUGCAGCCUUGAUGAGAGAGGCACACUUUUAACAUGGCCAACCCAACUCAGCCAUGCUGGAAUUAUAACUUUAUAAGACGCGCCAUGCAAUAGUGGAGGGGAGGAAAUUUUCAAGAACAGUAGGGGAGGGAACAUGGUGAAGAUGGUCUUAGUGAUGACUAUAGUGGUCAUCAUAUCGUUUGUACAUUCUGCAAUCGUGGGAGAGGCUGUAGAUUGCAGCACCGUGACAGCUCUUCUAUCUGCUUGUUCUAGCUUCAUCAUAAAUGGUGCCCCGGAUCCACUUCCUCUAUCUCCAUGCUGUGUUGCCAUCACCACCCUCAAUAAUCUUGGAACCGACUCUUCCCAGAGUCGCCAGGUUGUGUGUAAAUGCUUAAUGGAGCUCAUUACCAAUUACAACCCAAACGCCACUGCUAUUGCUACUCUUCCUGGCUUCUGUGGUGUUUCUCUUGGCUUCACCAUUGAUCCCAACACCGACUGUGAAUACAUCUCAUGAUCAGGUUGAUUUUUUGAUGGCAACAAAAUUGUCUAAAUCAGUAAUCAUAUGACGCGAGAAGCAGGAGAGCUUGGAUGAGUUGCAGAUUACAAUCCAGAAGUAGAUGCAAAUAAAGUACUGCUGUUUUCUUUUUCUUUCGCUUUUUAUAUCGAAGAAGAUAUGUGGUGUGAAUAAGACCUAUACUGCUAGAAAAUCAAGAAAGUAUUUUAGUACCAUUCGCUACUUUUAGACGGCCGUGUUGUGCGAAGCGGGACCCCGUGACGCUAAUUUCAGG